AUGGAGAGAGGAUAUGGAGCAGACCUGGAAGAAUUGAUGGAAAGUGUUAGUGGUGUUACUGGUGUAUCUGGAACCCAACCUGAGUUGGAAGCACCUGCUGUAGAGACUAUCAAAGACAGUGAUGGCAUUGUCAUCAAAGGAAAAUGUAUAUAUUGUGCAAAAGUGUAUUGCUGUGAGACCAAGAAACAUGGGACUUCUUCUCUCAGACUUCAUGUGGUAAACUGCCUUAAAAAUCCUCACUCUAAGGAGACAAGGCAGUCCCUACUCACAUUCCAACCUGCACCUUCUUCUGCUGGAACUCAAAGUAGUGAAGGAACUGAAGGGGUGUUGGGUACUUUGGUGUUUGAUCAAGACUUGAUAAGGAGAGCCUUAGCUGAGAUGAUUAUUUUAGAUGAACUUCCUUUUAGGAUUGUUGAGGGACAGGGUUUUAGAAAGUUUGUUUUAGUUUGCUGUCCUAGGUUUAAAAUCCCUUCAAGAUGGACUAUCAGUAGGGACAUUUUCAAGAUAUUUUCUGAUGAGAGGGUCAACUUGAAGAAGUUUUUUAAGACUAGCAGUCAGAGGGUAAGUAUCACAACUGAUACUUGGACCUCAGUCCAGAGAAUAAACUACAUGUGCAUAACUGCACAUUUCAUUGAUAGUGAGUGGAAGCUGCAAAAGAAGAUUAUUUCAUUUGUUCCUAUAUAUUCCCACAAGGGGGAAAGUAUUGCAAAGGCUUUAGAGAGUUGCCUUUUGGACUGGGGUCUAAAAUCAGUGUUUAGUGUGACAGUAGAUAAUGCUUCCAGCAAUGAUACUGCCCUAGGAUUCUUGAAGAAGAAGUUGGGCUCUUGGGGUUGUACUGCUGUUAGGUGUAAGUAUUUGCACAUGAGGUGCAUUGCUCACAUUCUUAACUUGGUGGUACAGGAUGAGUUGAAAGAAUGUGACAGUUCUGUUAAGAAAGUCAGGGAUGCUGUUAGGUGGAAUUCCACAUAUAUGAUGCUUAAUACUGCAUUACUAUUUCAGAAGGUAUUUGAAGCCUAUGAUGAUCAUGACAGUUCAUUUAAAUCUGAUUUGGGUGGAAGUGUACCUGAUUUCUUAGAUUGGGAAUCCAUUCAAUCUUUGGUUAUGAUUCUGAAAUCUUUUUAUGAAAUGACUGUUAGGAUUUCUGGAUCAUUGUAUGUGACUUCUAAUACCUUCUUCUCUGAGAUUUCUGAUUUGUCUUGCUUGUUGAAAAAUAUGGAGGAAGCUACAGAAGAUAGUGUUAAACUGAUGGGUAAAAAUAUGAGGGCAAAAUUUGAUAAGUAUUGGGGUGAGCCUGAAAAAAUGAAUUUUUUGAUAUUCUAUGCAAAUAUCUUAGACCCCAGGGACAAAAUUGAGUAUAUGCCCAUUCAGUUUAACUAG